AUGCCAGCUUCACCUGAACUUGUAACGGGCACCCCAGAGCCCGAGGUGCCCAGGAAGUUUACUUUGGAGGCUGCUGAUAUUGCUGUGGUUGUGAUCUACUUUGUGUUUGUGUUGGCAGUUGGAAUAUGGUCUUCAGUCAGAGCCAACCGGGGAACAGUGGGUGGAUACUUCUUGGCCGGACGAUCCAUGACAUGGUGGCCAAUUGGAGCUUCUUUGAUGUCGAGUAACGUAGGCAGCGGGCUGUUCAUUGGAUUAGCAGGAACAGGAGCUGCAGGGGGACUCGCAGUCGGGGGAUUUGAGUGGAAUGCAGCAUGGGUCCUCAUUGCCUUGGGCUGGAUCUUUGUGCCUGUGUAUAUUUCUGCUGGAGUAGUCACAAUGCCAGAGUAUCUGAGGAAGAGGUUCGGGGGUCAGCGCAUCCGAAUCUACAUGAGUGUGCUGUCUCUCAUCCUCUACAUUUUCACCAAGAUAUCAACAGACAUUUUUUCAGGGGCUUUAUUCAUCGAGGUGUCUCUGGGGUGGGACCUGUACGUCUCCACUGUUGUGCUGUUAGCUGUCACUGCACUCUACACUAUAGCUGGUGGGCUGACAGCAGUAAUCUACACUGAUGCCUUACAGACCGUCAUCAUGGUAAUAGGAGCAUUUGUCCUCAUGUUCAUAGCAUUCGACAAAGUUGGCUGGUAUGAGGGUUUGCUGGUUCAGUAUGAGAGAGCUGUACCUGCUAUCACGGUUCCCAACACCACUUGUCAUCUUCCUCGGUCUGACGCCUUUCAUAUCUUCAGAGAUCCAGUGACAGGAGACCUUCCUUGGCCAGGCCUGAUUUUUGGACUAACUGUUCUGGCCACAUGGGUGUGGUGCACAGACCAGGUGAUAGUGCAAAGGUCUCUCUCUGCCAAAAACCUGUCUCAUGCCAAAGGUGGUUCGGUACUCGGUGGCUACCUCAAGGUCUUCCCUAUGUUCUUCAUCGUUAUGCCAGGAAUGAUCAGCAGAGCUCUCUACCCAAAUGAAGUAGGAUGUGUGGAUCCUGAGGAGUGUAUGAAGAUCUGUGGGGCCAGUGUGGGCUGCUCUAACAUUGCCUACCCAAAGUUAGUUAUGGAGCUCAUGCCAGUGGGGUUGAGAGGUCUGAUGAUUGCUGUAAUGAUGGCAGCACUCAUGUCCUCUCUCACCUCAAUAUUCAACAGUAGCAGCACUCUGUUCACCAUGGACAUAUGGCAACGGAUCCGACCCCGGGCCUCUGAGAGAGAGCUCAUGGUAGUGGGCAGGGUGUUCAUUUUAUUGCUAGUGGCCCUGAGCAUUGUGUGGAUUCCAGUCAUUCAAACAGCCAAUAGUGGACAACUGUUUGACUACAUUCAGGCCAUUACUAGCUACCUGGCACCUCCCAUCACCACAGUGUUCAUUAUGGCCAUCUUCUGGGGGCGAGUAAAUGAGCAGGGUGCUUUUUGGGGUCUGAUGGCGGGACUAGUGGUGGGCACUGUGAGGAUGGUAAUGGAAUUUGUGUACGGCACCCCAUCAUGUGGAGAAGAAGACCUGCGUCCUGCCCUGCUGAAAGAUGUGCACUACCUGUAUUUUGCUCUCAUCCUGCUUGCACUGACAGCUCUGAUCAUCACAGCUGUCACCCUCUGCACUGCACCUAUUCCAGAGCAACAUCUCGUUCGUUUAACCUGGUGGACAAGACACUGUAAGGAGAAGCGUGUAGAGCUGGAAGACCCCUGGGCUAGAGGAUCUGAUCCCAGCACUACAGAGUCAGAGGGGUCAGAUGAGGAUACUCCUGCAUGGUGGAAGCGUGCUGGAAUGUGGCUGUGUGGUCUCUCCCAUGCGGCUAAACAAGAGAUGAGUGAGGAGGAACGGCAGGCUCUGGAAAGGAAACUCACCAGUAUUGAAGAAGACCACACCUGGAAGACUGUCUGCAAUGUUAAUGCCCUCAUUUUACUCACUGUCAGUGUUUUUCUCUGGGGGUACUUUGCAUGAAUGUACUAUAAAGUUCUGAAUGGCACUUUUCUUGUAAGAAACUCACCAGUACUGAUGAAAAACACAUCUGGUUGUCUACACUUACAUGCUCUCAUUUUAUUUACUGUAAAUGUCUUUUUUU